GUUUUACCAUGCGAAUAUAGGCUUCUAUGUUUGGAAUAAUUCUUAUUUCAGCCUUAGUGCUGGCUUAAUCUAAUGUAGAAUUGAGUGAGAUUGAAACCAAUCCCAUACCUACAAUGGUUAAUUUUGAUGGCUAUCAAAGAAAUGCCGAUUAAACUUAAUAAGAGCAGACACAUUUUGAUUUCGCUGACUCAUUCACCCAUUCAAACACUGAGACGAUUUAAAAUGUUGAAAACAAUAAAUCUAUUGAAGAUCCUAAUAAUUUUAUUUUAGACAAUCAGAAUGUUUCCACUCUUAAUUCAGAAAUAACUUCAAUGUCCACCAAUGGAAAUUAAAUUCAAGUAUGAAAUCUUGUAAUAAAGAGGGUUCAAACGAUAUCCCACAAUUAGAUAUGAUUGAUACUGAAGGUACUUAAGUACUUAGCUAAUAAGAUUUAAGCAACAUAUGUAUUAGUGUUAUUAAACAUUAGCUGAAACUCAAUAGAAUGCUGAAAACUAAGAUUGUAUAGUAAUCUAUUCAUAAUGUCAUUACAAAGGAGAGUCACUUAAAUUAUGCGAAUCCCAAAGAGAUAUUGAGUAAAGAUUUCAAUAAACAUAGCAAUUUCGACCAUGACAUUAAAUCAAUACAAAUACCCAAAGGAUAUUCAGUCAGACUGUAUAAUAAGGAAGAUUUUACAGGAGAGAAAAUCAUAUUGAAGGAAAGUCAAGAAUGUCUGAAUAAACCAUUAGCACUUACAUAGUUGUAUGAGAGGUAAUCUCAUUAAUUUACGAUUCUGGCUUAAAAUUUGAAUUUAAGGGGAAUCUGAUU